CUGUGGCUGGAGGCGGCUGCGGCUGCGGGGCCGGUGCGGGCGGAGGGGCGCAGCGGAGGGCGGCCUCGCUGCCUCGCGGCCUCCCGGCCUCGCUCCCUCCCUCGCUCGCUAAGAUGGCGGCGGCGGCGGCGGCGGCGGCCGUGGCGCGGCUGGAGGGCCGGGAGUUCGAGUACCUGAUGAAGAAGCGCUCGGUGACCAUCGGCCGCAACUCGUCGCAGGGCUCGGUGGACGUGAGCAUGGGCCACUCCAGCUUCAUCUCCCGCCGCCACCUGGAGAUCUUCACCGCCGCGCCCCCGCCGCCGCCGCCGCCGCCGCCGCCGGCCGGCUCCGACGGGCCGCCGCCUCCUGCGCCUCAGGGCGACCCCGCGGCUGCUGCCGCUGCUACCGGCGGCGGCGGGGGGGACUUCUACCUGCGCUGCCUCGGCAAGAACGGCGUCUUCGUGGACGGCGUCUUCCAGAGGCGGGGGGCGCCGCCGCUGCAGCUGCCCCGAGUCUGUACUUUCAGGUUUCCCAGCACAAACAUAAAGAUAACAUUCACAGCUCUGUCCAAUGAAAAGAGAGAAAAACAGGAGGCCCCGGAGUCCCCAGUGAAGCCUGUGCAACCCCAGAUCUCUCCUUUAACGAUAAACAUUCCAGACAACAUGGCUCACCUGAUCAGCCCUCUCCCUUCUCCCACAGGAACCAUCAGUGCUGCAAAUUCCUGCCCAUCUAGCCCUCGUGGUGCAGGCUCUUCAGGGUACAAAAUGAGUCGUGUAAUACCAUCUGACCUACAUUUAAUGGCUGACAAUUCACAGUCAGAAAAUGACAAGGAAGCAUCGGGUGGAGAUAGCCCAAAGGACGACUCUAAACCACCUUACUCCUAUGCACAGUUAAUAGUACAAGCAAUUACAAUGGCACCUGAUAAGCAGCUUACACUAAAUGGAAUUUAUACGCACAUAACUAAAAAUUAUCCAUACUACAGGACAGCAGACAAGGGCUGGCAGAAUUCAAUACGUCACAAUCUCUCUCUGAAUCGUUAUUUCAUCAAAGUACCACGUUCCCAGGAAGAACCAGGCAAAGGCUCAUUCUGGAGGAUAGACCCUGCCUCUGAAAGCAAAUUAAUAGAGCAGGCUUUUAGGAAAAGGCGGCCUAGGGGAGUACCUUGCUUUAGAACCCCUCUGGGACCACUCUCUUCUAGAAGUGCCCCAGCCUCUCCUAAUCACUCUGGAGUGUUGUCUGCGCACUCCAGUGGAGUCCAGACCCCCGAGAGUCUGUCCCGGGAAGGAUCUCCAGUCCCAAUGGAACCUGAGCCUAGUGCUAUCCAGCCAAAACUAGCGGUAAUACAAGAAGCACGAUUUGCACAGAGUGCCCCAGGAUCACCUCUAUCUAGCCAACCAGUUUUAAUUACUGUACAACGGCAGCUACCACAAACUAUUAAACCCGUCACCUACACUGUUGCAACUCCUGUGACAACAUCAACAUCCCAGCAGCCUGUAGUUCAGACAGUUCAUGUUGUUCACCAGAUACCAGCUGUGUCUGUCACAAACGUGACUGGAUUAGCACCAGCAAACACUUACACUGUAGCUGGACAGGCAGUAGUCACGCAAGCUGCGAUGGUAACCCAGCCCAAGGUAGAACCUCAAGAGAAUGGAGAUCACAAGGAAGUAAAAGUUAAAGUGGAGCCUAUACCUGCUAUUAGUCAUGCUACAAUAGGAGCUGCUAGUCGUAUCAUUCAGACAUCUCAGACCACCCCCUUACAGACAGUUACCAUAGUGCAACAGGCACCUCUAGGUCAACACCAGCUACCAAUAAAAACUGUAACGCAGAACGGAACGCACAUAGUACCUAUCACCACUGCGAUCCAAGGACAGGGCAACACUGCUGCUGCAAGUCCUUUGCAUAUGUUAGCAACCCAUGCGUCUGCAUCGGCAUCUCUUCCAACAAAGCGCCAGAAUGGAGACCAGUCGGAACAGCAGGAACUCAAACGUAUCAAAACAGAAGAUGGAGAGAGCAUAGUCAUAGCAGUUAACGUGGACACCCCGUCUGUGGCAGUGAGCGAUAAAGGCAGCCAGAACUAGAAACUUAGAGGAGUUUUCUUUUUUUCUUUCUUCCUUUUUUUUUUUAAAAUAAACUCCAUGGUGCCAAAAGGAGACACUUAAAUAUAACACCUAAAAUGUUGGAACAUGUUCUCACGCAGUGGGGAAAGGGGCCCUGUGAUCAGACUUCAACUUUCAGCACUGAAAAAAAACAAAAACAAAAACAAAAAACAAACAACACAGGUGGCCUUAAAACUUGGUAAUUUAAAGUCAAACUGCAAAACAUCUUGUUCCAGAGGCUGUGACCCCCGCUCCUCCCUGCCCCCUACUGAACUGUGUACACUGAGAAAUACAGUGUUGGGGAGGGCUGCAGCUUUAAAAAAAUCUUUAUCAGAUUAUUUUAAGGACUGAGUAUCUCAGUGUAACGGCAGCAUGAUAAGCGCUUAGUGUGAACUGGUUUCAAACGAUUGUAUAUUCCUUAAAGGGAACAGAGGCAAGGAGCCAUUUCCUACAUCUUGGCAGCUAGCCUUUCAUAAUGACCUACCCGAUGCAGUUGUUGGUAGAUAUGCAGUAUUUUGUUGUUCACAUGUGGAAUUAGAAAUUUUUGAGGUGUAUUUUCAUUUCUUUGCAAAAUAAUGGGGUCUUUGACAUUUCAAAUCACUCCAUUUCUACUCCGGAAACUUUGGAAUCACACAAUACUUUUCAUGUGAAAUUUUGUUUGGUAAAAAACUGAAUGUAGGGUUUUUUUAACCAAUGGAAUGAUUUACUUUUGUCUGUCCUGUUAAAGUUCAGAUAAAGCUACUUUAUUACAUCUGCAAAUUUUCAUAUUUUAGCAGUUGCCUGAUAAAUUUAAUCAAAUUUUAUUACCAUGUGUAGUGAUCAAAUGCUUCUUUGGGCUUGCAUGUAACUGAUUAGAAAUUACAAUGUAAAUGAGCCGUUAACUGACGUUAAAGAACUGCUAUGAAUUUGACCAGAGCUGCACUUAUCUGUUUCUCUUUCUGCUACCUUUUGCUGUUUGUUACUUUGUGUUGACUUUGACUGUCCCUGGCAUAUUUUUCCAGUCUAAAGUAAAACAAGAGUCUCGC